CAUUGAGUGGCAGCGGUUGCCAUGGUUUCCACGCUUCGGGUGUUUCCGGAGAUUGCGAUGGAUUUCAGGGCUUGGAUCUAGCAAAGCGGAGGAUGAGCGCAGCAGCGGGCGGGCGGACGCCACUGGCGGAAAAGGCCUUGUCGGAGCCUUACGGCCGGCUCCGUUACCAUGACACGUCGCUGCUGAUCUGGACACAACAGCAGCAGGAGCUGGAGAAGCGGGCAAUGGGAUCGGGCCCGGGGCCUGGGCCAGACAGUUUCUUGGGCCGGAGUCAGAGCAUGUGGUACCGACAGUAUGGAAACCAGCCUAUCCUGAUCCGGGACAAAAACAAAGUGGUCCCGGGCCCGGCCCGCUCUCAGUUCUGCGUGAUAAUGUAAAUAGAAUUUGGGUUCACCGUGAUAUUAUUGUCCGAGGGGUCUUCAGCCGGAACUCACCUACGGCCAGAAAGAACUGUACCCAAUGCACCCACAUCCAGAGCGAUACACACAGCCAGCGGAGAACCUACACCUUCACCAACCGGAGCAUCUCCGCACUUGAAUCCGUAAUUAUACAUGGAAUCACAAUCAACAGGAACACCUUUUGCCGCUGUGUCAUCGACUACAUAGUAAUUACAUUCUAGAUCAACCCCAACACCAGAGUAACGUGUCUGCUGCAUCUAACAUCCCUUGCAACUCGCCCAAAUGAUCCAUCAACACUCAUCGGUCGUUCGUUUGGGUUAGAACCUGGCAGCGUUCAUAUGUUCCAAUGCGAAUGGACAGUAGGUUCCAGCCGAGUGGGCGUCCUGAAAUAAAAAUCACACCAAGCGUACAACAUGCAAUGCUGAAGGAGGUGAAAAAGAACCCAAGGGUAACAGCAAAUGACCUGCAAAAAUCUCUAGAACUUGCUAAAGUCUCUGUCCGCGUCCACUGUAAGAAAAGCACUGAACAAGAAUGGUGUUCGUGGAAGUACUCUACGGAGGAAACCACUACUCUCUAAAAAAAAACAAAAAAAAAACCUGCUGCAAGUCUUAAGUUUGCAAAAGACCACCUGGAUGUUCCACAAUGUUUCUGGAACAAUGUUUUGUGGAUAGACGAAAUAAAAUUUGAACUCUUUGGCAGAAAUGUACACCGCUAUGUUUAGAGGAAAAAAGGCACUGCACACCAACACCAAAACUUCAUCCCAGUUGUGAAACCGGGUGGAAGGCACAUCAUGGUUUGGGCCGCUUAGGUGCUUCAAGGGGCUGGACAGCUUGCAAUCAUUGAGGGAACAAUAAACUCGAAAAUUGUAUUAAGACAUUUUACAGGAGAAUGUCAAGGUAGUGGUCCGUCACCUGAAGCUUAACAGAAGUUGGAUAAUGCAACAAGACAAUGAU